UCGACCUCAUUCAACGGCUUUAACCACCGAACUGGUUCAAAAUGACUAUGCUGCCCACGCUGUCAGACCGUAAACACCGACGGAGUCCCCGAGCGGCUCUCCUCUCACAAAAGAUCGGCUACCAAGAAUUCGAGUCUCCCGAAGGCAGCUUCCAUGGGGCGUCAAUUUCUGGAGCCGUUUUCAACCUCUCGACUACAGUCGUUGGAGCCGGUAUCAUGGCGCUUCCAGCCACCGUCAACCAAUUGGGCUUAAUCCCCGGUCUAGUGGCGAUCAUAUUCGUCUCUAUGUUAACGGAAUCAUCCAUCGAUAAGAUUCUCAGAUUCAGUCGAGCCUCCAAAUCCACCACGUAUUCAGGCGUCGCCGCCGACACUUUUGGUAGGGCUGGCCGAAAUAUCCUUCAAGCUUGCAUCGUCAUCAACAACACGGGCAUGCUUGUGGUUUACAUGGUUAUCAUUGGUGACGUGUUAUCGGGGACAUGGGAGUAUGGGUUCCACCACAUGGGAGUUUUGGAAGAAUGGUUCGGCGAACAUUGGUGGACUACUCGUUCGGCUGUGCUCUUGUUCACAACGCUUUUCGUUUUUGCCCCUCUCAUCUCAUUCAAACGCGUUGAUUCAUUGAGGUACACAUCGGCAUUAUCAGUUGGUUUCGCAGUGAUGUUUGUGGCAAUAACAGCAGGAGUUACCAUUGUUAAGUUGAUGGAAGGAAAAAUUGGAAUGCCUCGUUUAAUGCCAAUACUUGAUAAUCAAGCAUCGUUUUGGAAGCUUUUCACCACUGUUCCUGUUCUAGUCACUGCUUAUAUAUGCCAUCAUAAUAUACUCCCAAUAGAGAAUGAACUGAAAGACCCUACACAGAUGAAGUUGAUUGUUAGAAAGUCGCUCAUAUUUUGCACUGCUAUCUACAUUGCUACUAGCUUUUUUGGAGUCCUUCUCUUUGGAGACCAUAUUUUGGAUGAUGUGCUUGCCAAUUUCGAUGCUGAUCUCGGGAUUCCAUAUAGUUCAUUGCUUGAUGAUUUGAUCAGGCUGAGCUAUUGCCUUCACUUGAUGCUUGUUUUCCCAAUUGUGUUCUUCUCCCUUCGUCUCAACAUAGAUGGUCUGUUAUUUCCGUAUGCCAUUCCUAUUGCAAUUUCUAAAAGAAGGUUCAUCUCAACAACAGUUGCUCUAAUGGGCUUCAUCUUUGUGGGAGCCAACUUUAUUCCUAGCAUCUGGGAUGCUUUCCAGUUCACCGGUGCAACUGCCGCAGUUUGUGUUAGUUAUAUCUUUCCAGCUGCCAUCACUCUUCGGGACACCCAUGGAAUUGCAACAAAGAAUGAUAGACUAAUAUCAUGGAUGAUGAUCUUCCUUGCUGUCUCAACAAGCACAGUGGCUGUGACAAGUGACAUUUAUGGCCUUUUUAGUGUUGACAAAGGAGUUGUAACCUAAUUCUAUUGAAGGGACUGGUCCAUGUCCGGUGUUACUGGAUCAUCGCAUUGUCGGAAAGCCGAGCUGAAGCGCAAGGAAACAAUCUGGGUUUCUUUCUUGAAGUUUAUCCUCAAAGCUGACUUGAGAAAGGGGAUCUGUUUUAUACGAGCUUGUCGCGACAUUUCCAACAUCUCAUUGAGGAAUAUGACCUUUACGAUGUAAUUCAGGUGAUU